GGACAUAAGAAUGAGGGGGGUGAUUACACGCGUCAAGUUCUGAUCGGAUCCUAGAAUCACCUCUCUCUUCCGGCGACGGGCUUUACACUUUACACUACCGCUUCAUCUCCUUCUCUCUCUCUCUCUCUCUCUCUCUCUCUCUCUCCUCGAAGUAGGAAAUUUCACGGCGAGACAAUUUGGAAUCUUAUCUCUUGACAUAUCUCCGUUGAUUCUUUUUUUCAAGGAAGAUGAGUGAGAGUGCGAAGAGGGUCCGAUCAAAAAUUAACGGAGUACAUCACCCUGUUGUUGAUUUCUGGCGACGAGAGGUCGGUGGUAUCUCUUCCCGUAAUUUCUCCAAUCGCUUCUCCGCCUCUGAGAAUUUGGUUUUGCGUCUUGAGAUAUACAAGAAGCUAGAGAAGCACAAAGGUUGUGUGAACACCGUUAGCUUCAAUGCUGAAGGAGAUGUUCUGAUUUCGGGUUCUGAUGAUUGGCGUGUCAUUCUUUGGGAUUGGCAACUUGGGAACGUUAAGCUUUCCUUCCAUUCAGGACACGCUAAUAACGUAUUUCAAGCAAAGUUUAUGCCUUUCUCUGAUGAUCGAACCAUUGUCACCUGUGCUGCUGAUGGAAUGGUUCGGCGUGCUAACAUUCUUGAGGGUGGGAAAGUGAAGACGUCUUUCUUAGGUUUGCAUCAAGGAAGAGCUCAUAAGCUAUGUAUUGAGCCAGGAAACCCUCAUGUAUUCUACACAUGCGGUGAAGAUGGAUUAGUACAACGUUUUGAUCUGAGGACUGAAGCCCCUACAGAACUUCUCACUUGCCAGUCAGUUGAUCCUAAGAGGAGGAACAUGGAAGCCAUCCAGCUAAACACAAUUGCGAUUGACCCGAGAAAUUCUAACCUCUUUGUUGUUGGGGGAAUGAACGAGUACGCUCGUCUUUAUGAUAUCCGUAGAAUUCAGCGUGGCGGUUUAAACGGUUCAACCCAUCCUGCUGAUCACUUUUGCCCUCCACAUCUUGUUGGCAACGAAGAUGUUGGAAUAACAGGUUUGGCUUUCUCAGAGCAAAGCGAGCUUCUUGUUUCAUACAAUGAUGAGUUCAUAUAUCUUUUCGCACCCGAUAUGGGAUUAGGGUCUAACCCUAUCCCAGCCUCCUCCAAGAGUAGUGUAUCAAAAUCAGAAUCAGCUUCUUCCCCAAAAGACGAGAACGAACAGUCAGUUCCUAUGGUUUAUAAGGGGCACAAGAACUCUGAGACGGUUAAGGGUGUGACUUUUUUUGGACCUCGGUCUGAAUAUGUGGUUAGUGGGUCAGACUGUGGGCGGAUAUUUACUUGGAGGAAAAAAACUGGGGAGCUAAUCCGUGUUAUGGAAGGAGAUAGGGAUGUAGUUAACUGUAUUGAGCCUCAUCCUCAUAUUCCUGUUCUUGCCAGUAGUGGAAUUGAGAGUGACAUCAAGGUGUGGACGUCAAAGGCAGCUGAAAGAGCUAUAUUACCUGAAAACAUCGAACUGUUACCGAGUCGCUUUCGCUUUGGCAUUCAUCGGUUAAUAUCCUUUCUUAGCUCCCCUGAAUAUGAAGACAAUUUAUUUGGUUAUGGAAUGGAUAUUAUUAUUGAUGAGAACGAGGGGGAAGAUGAAUCUAUUGAUGAUGCUGAGGAUGAGGAUGAUGAUGAUGAUGAUGAUUCAGAUUAUAGUAGUGGACUUGAUGAUAAUGAUUCUGAUGAUGACAUGGAUAGUGAUGAUGAUGAUAUGGAUAGUGAUGAUGAAUGUUUUAAUGAAAUUGAUAACAAUGGUGGUAGUGAGACAAAUGUUGUUGAUAGUGUUAGUGGCAGUCAUCAAGAUGAUGAUGAUGAUGAUGAUGUUUGAAAUUUGUGUGUUCCAGCCCAAGCAAACACGCCUAGGGGAUGGAUGUACCGUGUAUCUACACGGCGGGAACUAUUGGCACAACUCUUCGCGAUGCAAAGCCGA